UAUAUAUAGUAUACUGGUGAAUAUUGUGCAAAAGUCCAUUCAUGUCAGCAAUUCAACUUCAAAUGUGAAACUAACUAAAGUAAUAUUUGACAUAAACUCAUUACAUGCACGGUGAGAUAUGUCAAGCUUUUAUUUGUUAUAAUGUUGAUGAUCAUGGCCUACAGAUUCUGAAAACCCAAGUUUUUUACAUUUUCAAUUCAAGGUGUAAGCCAUAAUCAUCAAAAUUACAUUAAAGGAAGUCUUGAAAUAUCUUGAGUUGCAUGUUACAAACCUAUGUCGUAUAUUACUUUUACUUUGUCAAUCUAAUUGCACGAUAAUCAAUUUUCUUUAUAGUUUCACCUGUAUUUGUGAAGGCAGUUUUUGAUGGCGCUUAUAAUGUAUUAGAUUUUUGCAAUAACAAAUUUUAUUUUAUUAUCAUCACUGUUUUAAUAGAUAAUCAUUUUAAAAGGAUUGUAAUACAUUCUUGCUUGUCUGAAUCUUAAAUAAAAAUGAGCAGUAUUCCUUCCAUCGUGUUGACUUUUUGUACUUAACAAUGAGGUGUUAAUGGCUGUACAGUAUUUUAGGUUUUCAUUGGGGCUGUCAACAACGUUUUUUUAUAAGACAGGUGCAGGCUCAUAACUUGAGAGGCUUUGGAUAUUUCUCAUUGCCGAGAGCUCAAACCACUCGUAAACAUUUUUGUGUGUCUGUAUGCGGAGCAAAACUAUGGAACAAACUGGACUUACAACACAAGCAAUGCCAAACUAUUAAUGGAUUUAAACUAUUAUACAAACAUGGGUUCUGGUUCAAAUAUAGAGAUGAGGGUCUUUAAUUUGACCUGCUGUUGUACUCUGUCUCAAAGUGUUAACAUGUGCUCAAUGUUUCCUUACCAUUGUUGGUAUUUUGUCUAUUACCAUUGUUGGUAUAUUCAUUCUUCCUACAUUGUUGAUACAAAUUAUUGUUACAGUGUAAUAAUUAUUGUUACCUGUGGUAAUGCCACUAUGAUACAACAUUUGUAUUGUAAUCCUUAAACAAAGUAACAGUGAAACUCAUGUGAAUAAUCACUGAAUGGAAAACUGGGGGUGGGAUUAAAUAAAUUAUCUUCUUCCCACUCCCUUUCAGGCAAAACUGGACAAUCAUGCAUUACAUACUAUACAUUACCUUUUGCACUAUAUUCAUUUAUAUUGUUGUGUGUUGUCAACUUUGUACUUUUUUUUAUGUCAUUGCCUGAAAUAAAUAAAUAAAUGAAAAUGAAAAAAACUAUCAUAACGAUUAGGAGAUGUACGUUGUUCCAGUGCUCAGGUCAAUGCACACGUAAGAUGAGUGAAGAGACUCAUCUUACAAAAUACAAUAACUGUAAAAAUAAAUGUAGUGCAUUCAAUUGACACACUUAAAAAUGUUCCUGGUUGACAUUCUGACAAUAAAAUGACGUGUGUCUAAGAUCAUUUAUACUAUGCAAGCGAGUAACCACCUGUGAUUAAUCAUGAUUAACUGAUGUUUAUGAACUGAUCCAAGCUUUUGAUUGGAUGUCAAAUCUGAGGCAUUUUGCCAGGACAAUGAACUUGGCUAAAUGUUUUUAGGAGGUGUCUGUGAUGUGCUCUGGUGAUCUUUAGGAUGUCUUGCAGGCCCCAGGGGUCAUCAAGGGGCAGCUGUCGGCUAUAAAAGGAGGGCUCGUCUGCAGCCUCAUCCGCACGUCACUUUCAGCCUGAGAGCAGCUGAGGGAAGGAAGGGAAGAAGAUCUUCACCGCUCGUUCGCUUUCUUCUUCCAAAUGGAACCCAGGACCCUUUUCUUGCUCCUUUUCUUGCUGUCGCAGCAUCACGCAGCAGCCAGGGACGUGGCCCUCCACCGCGGCGGCAGGUUCCCAACGUACAUGAUGCAGCUCUACCGCUCCUUCAGGGACGCCGAUGGCUCGUCGACGGCAGCUGUCAACAGUUCAGACGGCGGUCGGACGGCGCGAGAGUCCGACUCCAUCCUCAGUCUGAUGGCGAAGGGUUGCCAUCAAGCGGGGGACAGAUGGGUCGUCACGUUUGACAUGUCGUCCAUCUCCGCCGCCGACAGGGUCCACCUGGCAGAGCUCCGCGUCAGACUUCCAGGCGUGUCCGCCUCCAAGCGUGCCGUUGUGGAUUUAUACCACUCUGGUCAGGAUGAGCGCCGCCUCCUGGGCAGCAUCGCCGCGUCAGCCGGGAAGUCUUCCUGGAAGGUUUUCAACGUCAGCGCCCUGUUGAAGCGCUGGCUCUACCAGGGAGGGUCCGCCCAGGAGGCCUCGGGAGAGCCUGGGAGCGGUUCUGGGGACUACGGGGAUUUACCCACCUUCGAGAAUCCAAGAAAGCCGGCGUCGGGCACCAACCGAGCGAUGAUGCUGAUCUUCUUCAAACAUGACGUCCCUCAGGAGGCCGGCAGCCUCAUCCACACCGUGGAACACUCCAAGUACGUCGGCGUGAGGACGAGUGGCGGCGACCACCAAAGUCGGCGCCAUAAAAGGAACAAGAUGGAGAGCGUGAGGAAGGUGGCGGCCCCCAAGGUCACUGCGGCGCCGUCACCCGGUGGUGUGCGCCGUCCUCUGUGUCGCAAGGUGGACAUGUGGGUGGACUUUGAGCACAUUGGCUGGGACGAGUGGAUCGUCCACCCGAAGCGUUUCAACGCUUAUCGCUGCGAGGGCGAGUGUCCGAUACCCUUGGAUGACAGCUUCCGCCCUACCAACCACGCGUACAUGCAGAGCCUCCUCAAACAUCAUCACCCAGAGAGGGUGAGCUGCCCAUCCUGCGUGCCCACACACCUCAGUCCUCUGUCCAUGUUGUACUACGAGAACGACGACCUGGCCCUGCGUCAUCACGAAGACAUGAUCGUUGAAGAGUGUGGCUGUCACUGACAUGCUUUCAUCUAUUUAUACACCAUGUAUAUGUUGUACAUAAAAUAUACCAAAUAUAUUAAAACCU